AGAGAGUGUGUGUGUGUGUGUGUGUGUGUGAGUGAGAGUGUGUGCGCAUGAAUGUGUGGGUGUGUGCUGCACCAGACAUCAGCAGCAGGUUGAGAGCCGACACACAGAGGAAGCAAGAGAGAGAAGAAAAGAAUAAAGGGGAGAAAGAAAAAGAAAAAAAGAGAGACUGCUUCAUUCAGUCCACUGAGAGAACUUCAAGACAGCCUCCUGCAGCUCUGACCGCACAGUUAAAAUGUUGCCUGGUACCAGGCCCCUGCUGCUGUGUGUGCUGUGUCAUGUGACCACCGCAUGGGCAUUCGCCCGCAUGUCUGACGCAGUGGAGCUGCGAUCCGCAUUCUCUGUGGCACGUACCAGCAGCAUGGAGGGAGGGCCCAAGAUGGUCAUCACCUUCGACAAGGUGUAUGUCAACAUCGGUGGCGAUUUCGAUCCAAAGGUUGGCUUAUUCCGCUGCAGGAUUCCGGGUGCGUACUACUUCUCCUUCACGGUGGGAAAGUUCCCGCGUCGAGACCUGUCAGUCAUGCUAAUGAAGAACCGCAAUGAGGUUCAGGCGAUUGUCUACGACGAGAAUGCCGGAGAGGAGCGGAAGGUGCAGAGCCAGAGCGCCAUGCUGCAGCUUGAUUUCGGAGACACCGUCUGGCUUCGUCUUCAUGGAGACCCUCGCUAUGCUAUCUACAGCAACACUGGUCAUUAUACCACCUUUAACGGUUACCUGAUCUACCCCGAUGUGUACGGCUACCAAGAGCACACACACAAAGAUCAUGACAGUGACCAUCAACCACCGAAAACCAGCGAUCACUCACUAGUCGAGCAUGAAAAUACAAUUACCAAGGAGUCUAGUGUGAGUUUGAAAGAAGAGAGAUGGGAUGAAGAAACAAAAGAGGAAGUGAGAGAUGGAGAGGAAGAAGAUGAUGACCAGCGGUCAGCAUUCUCAGUGGGCCGCACUCAGAGUAUUGUGGGAGUGGAUCAAGGAUACCCUGAGCACCAGCCCAUUGUCUUUGACACAGAGUUUGUCAACAUCGGCAACGACUUCAACUUGACGUCUGGUCUUUUCAAAUGCAGAGUAGCAGGAGCCUAUUACUUCUCCUUCAAUGCUGGCAAGCUGCCCCAUAAGACCCUGUCAGUGAAGCUAAUGAAGAACCAUUUGGAAGUGCAGACCAUGAUCUAUGAUGACAGCGACACUGAGAAGGCCCUGCAGAGCCAGAGUCUGAUGUUGUCACUGCAGGCUGGAGAUACUGUCUGGCUCUACAGUCACCAGAGGGAUGGAUUUGGUGCUUACAGUAAUCACGCCAAGUAUAUCACUUUCACUGGCUUCCUGGUGUAUCCCGAGCUCCACCGAAGCCUUCCUCAGCAGCAGAAACUGGAUAAGACACUGUAGGCCAGUCAAGGAGCCAGUCAGUCUGGGUCUUUAGGAAGGUAAGAGUUUAGAAC